AUGAAUACCUCUGGAAAUUCUUCCUCUCUUCUCCGAGACUUGUCUCAAGGCUCGUCCAAGAAAGGUCCAUCCAAGCCUCGUGGACGUCCUCGUGGGUCCAAAAAUAGACCCAAACAAGAGCCCAAACGAGAAAAUAUGGCUAUCAAGCCUGUUACUCUCGAAGUGCCGGCUGGAGUUGAUAUAAUCAAUUGGGUAGCUAACUUUGCCAAAUCAAAUCAAGUAUGUAUCACUGUUACUGCUGGAUUCGGCGUCGUUUCACUGGCGGUUUUUGCGAACGUAUUGUCUCAAACUCCACACAAAGAAUAUAAGGAGUAUCUUUCCGUGGAUAAUUUUUCAGGUACAUACGUAUUCUCUCCUUUGGCACAAACAACUCAAAGCUUUUUUAACGCUGCACUGAGCAGGGUGAAUGGCCAGUUAAUUGGCGGGGAAGCAUUCAGGAUGGUCACCAUGGGCAAGGUUGUUUUGAGUGCGUAUGUUUCCAAAAAUUCUCAUGUGUUUGCUGCAGAGGCUGCGGAGUUCCAUUGA